AUGGCAUCCGGACAAGUUCCUAGCAAUGUUCUCUCUGUUGAACCAUUAAGUGGUUCAAAUUUUAAGAAGUGGAAGGAGGACAUAAUUAUUUCGCUAGGACUAGCAGAUUUGGAUAUAGCACUUAGGACUCCCAAACCAGAGAGCGCACAUGCCACCGGGACAAACCAACAACGAGCUGCAUAUGAAAAAUGGGAGAGGUCUAACCGGUUAUCUCUACUGGUUAUGAAAAGAUCCAUGACAGAGGCCGUACGUGGUAGCAUUGAGGAUUGUGAGUAUGCUGUUGACUAUCUUGAUGCUAUUGGUAAGAAAUAUAAGGAGUCUGAGAAGGCUGAAGGGGUUGCUUUGCUAUCUAAGUUUAAUUCAUCACAGUAUGAUGGCAAUGGAAAUAUCAGAGAGCACAUCAUGGGUGUUUUAGAGCUAGGUGCCAAGCUUAAUUCUCUAGAUUUUGGCAUCUCUAAGAAGGUGAUGGUGGCCCACAUCCUAAAUACACUACCACCCUCUUUUAGUCAAAUGACUGUUUCCUACAACACCCAAAAAGAAAGCUGGACACCUGAUGAGCUUAUUUCAAAUUGUGUUCAAGAGGAGGAACGUCUUCGUCGGGAGAAGGGAAAAUCUGUUAAUUUUGUGCAAAAAGGGAAACAAGGGCAGCAGCAAAAGGGAAAAAAGAAGCAGCCAUAUCUUGGGCCUCAGGGGGUGUGCAAAAGAAAAUGCCUACUCCUUCUUCAAAGCCUAGUUCUUCCAAUUCUAAAGGAUCUUCCAACCCAAAAUCUGAACCUUUUCUCUGCUACUUCUGUAAGAAAGAUGGACACAUGAAGCGAGAUUGCUCUCGUUACAAAAAAUGGCUUGCAAAACAAGGGUUACAGAACAAAGAGGAAACCAAGAAGGGAUGAGCUGCAAGUGUUCGUGGGCAAUGGAAACAAAGUUCAAGUGGAUUUCAUAGGCACUGUUAGGAUAAAAUUAGAGUCAGGAUUUUCUUUUGAUUUAAAGGAUGGUGCUUUUAUUCCCUCUAUGAGGAGAAAUUUAAUUUCGGUUGU